AUGUUCUCGUGGCUCAGACGCAGUCUUUGCCUCGGCUGAACCCGCCAUGUAUCCUGCGCGCGCUGGACGGAGCUCCGGGGGGAUCUUUCACCGGAUCGCUUAGGUCCGGGGGGCUGCAGAGCGCGCGGCUGGCCGGUCUGGUGUGCGGGAUCCGGUGACCGCCGGGGCUGGACUGGCUGCACCAUGCUCCGGCCGUGGGCUGUGCACUGGAUCACAGCUGUGCUCCUGUGUCGGGCGGCGGCGCAGUACUCCAGCGACCAGUGUAGCUGGCGAGGAAGCGGUUUGAGCCAUGAGUCUCAUCGCAGAGAUGUGGAGCAGGUCUACCUUCGCUGCUCUCAGGGGUCUCUGGAGUGGCUCUACCCCAUUGGGGCCAUCAUUGUCAACCUGCGGCCAAACACUGAGUCUUCAGCUGGACACAUGGCAGGUCUCCAUGUGUGCAUCAAACCCCAUACCUACUCCCAGGGUUCUCAUGUGUAUCUGGAGCGUGCUGGAGAUCUGAGGCUGCUGCUGGCAGAGAUGGACCAGGCUCAGGGCACAGUGCACUGUUUCAGCCUGGCAGAGGGGGCUCUCUUCGUGGAAGCCAUCCCACAGACGGACAUCAGCCGGAAGAUCACGGCUUUUCAGUACGAACUGGUGCCCAGUCAGGGGCCUGGGGCCCACAUGUACCCAUUUCUGCACCCUGGCGUAGUCACCUGUAAACCCUGUUCAGAUGAAGAGCUCCUCAUGGCUGUGUGUACCAGUGACUUUGUUGGAAGUGGCAUCUUUCAAGGUGUGGCGUCAGGUACUAACGACCACUCCCCUGUUGUGGUGACCCUGAGCCGGCUGUUCCGUCAGAAGAGUGGGGUGUUUGCUCGGGGUGGAGCCAGAGGGCGGAGCUGGAGUGGACGUGUCAAUAUUCCCUCACAGUGCGGUGUCCAUCCUGGAGGGGAUGAGUACCUUUUGACUGGCUCCGUCCAUUUUGGUGAAGCCUGGCUUGGCUGUGCGCCUCGCUACAAUGACUUCCUGAAGCUGUACAUCAGAGCAGAGAAAGCAGGAACAAACCCCUGUCAAAUAGAGACAGACUGAAAGAUCAGAACAGGCAGAAAUUUACAGGAUGAAGUGACAUAAUCGUAGAGGCUCACGGAGAGAUAGGCAGGGUUACUUUCCCCUGGCCAUCACUAAAGCCUACUUCUGCAGACUCUGCAGUGCUGUGCAACUUGCUUUUGCUUUGCAGCAGAAAAGACAGUUGGACAGUUUGAACAUUUUAGUAGCCAACGCGCUACCUAAACUGAAACGUCCCCAUUUGACUCUGCUUGUAUACUGUGUGUGUAAAUGUGUUUGUGCACAAGUGAGACAGGGAAUGAAUGAAUGGAUGGUAAGCUUAAAUUAAAUUUGUGCCCUAACUGCCUAAAGUUUUUAUUCUCAUGACGACACUGCUUUUGUGAUCAUUCUUGAAAUGAAAGUUUGCUUUGUAAAAAGCUUCCUGUAAAAUAUAGGAGUCUUCUGACAGAAGUGUACAGUAUGCAGCUCUGUGAGUCUUUAUGUACUAAGUUUGUGUGUGUGUGGGUUUUGCUAAUGAGUUCAAAGGGUCUUUAUAUUUACAUAAAAUAAAACACAA